CUCCGCCCCGCCCUCACGUUGAGGACCCCCGGCCGCCGCCGCUCCGGCCCCGCUCCCGCCCCGGCCCCGCUCCCGGCCCCGGCCCCGCUCCCGGCCCCGGCCCCGUUCAGCCCCGGCCUGUCCCGUCCCGGUACCGCCAUGACGCUCCUCGCCGCCGGCAGCCGGGCGGCCGCGCGCCUCCGCGGGCCCAAGAAUGCGCCGUGUGUCCUCUUUGCUGCUCGCCACGCCAGCGCCGCCACGAACCUCAAAGACGUCUUGGCCACCAUGAUCCCCAAGGAGCAGGCCAAGAUCAAGAGCUUCCGGCAGCAGCACGGCAGCACGGCCAUCGGGCAGAUCACGGUGGACAUGGUGUACGGCGGCAUGAGGGGCAUGAAAGGGCUGAUCUACGAGACCUCGGUGCUGGAUCCUGAUGAGGGCAUCCGCUUCCGUGGCUACAGCAUUCCCGAGUGCCAGAAGAAGCUGCCCAAAGCCGCGGGGGGAGAGGAGCCGCUGCCCGAGGGGCUCUUCUGGCUGCUGGUGACCGGAGAGAUCCCAACCCAGGAGCAGGUGACCUGGCUGUCCCGAGAGUGGGCCAAGCGCGCAGCCCUGCCCUCCCACGUGGUGACCAUGCUGGACAACUUCCCCACCAACCUGCACCCCAUGUCCCAGCUGAGCGCCGCCGUCACCGCCCUCAACAGCGAGAGCAAGUUCGCGCGCGCCUACGCCGAGGGCAUCCACCGCGCCAAGUACUGGGAGUUUGUGUACGAGGACGCCAUGGAUCUGAUCGCCAAGCUGCCGUGCGUGGCCGCCAAGAUCUACCGCAACCUGUACCGCGAGGGCAGCGGCAUCGGGGCCAUCGACCCCAACCUCGACUGGUCCCACAACUUCACCAACAUGCUGGGCUACACCGACCCGCAGUUCAUCGAGCUGAUGCGGCUCUACCUCACCAUCCACAGUGACCACGAGGGAGGGAACGUGAGUGCCCACACGAGCCACCUCGUGGGCAGCGCCUUGUCUGACCCGUACCUCGCCUUCGCCGCCGCCAUGAACGGGCUGGCCGGGCCCCUGCACGGCCUCGCCAACCAGGAGGUGCUGCUCUGGCUCACGGACCUGCAGAAGGAGCUGGGCAAGGACGUGUCGGACGAGAAGCUGCGGGAUUUCAUCUGGAACACGCUCAACUCGGGCAGGGUGGUGCCGGGCUACGGGCACGCGGUGCUGCGGAAGACGGACCCUCGCUACACCUGCCAGCGCGAGUUCGCCCUCAAGCACCUGCCCAAGGACCCCCUGUUCAAGCUGGUGGCACAGCUCUACAAGAUCGUGCCCAACGUGCUGCUGGAGCAGGGCAAGGCCAAGAACCCCUGGCCCAACGUGGAUGCCCACAGCGGGGUCCUGCUGCAGUACUACGGCAUGAAGGAGAUGAAUUACUACACGGUGCUCUUCGGGGUGUCGCGGGCCCUGGGUGUCCUCUCCCAGCUCAUCUGGAGCCGCGCCCUGGGAUUCCCCCUGGAGAGACCCAAAUCCAUGAGCACCAAGGGCCUCAUGCAGCUCGUGGGGUACAAAUCCCCCUAAAGAAGGGACGGGGACAGGGCUCCCCCAGGGAACGCCGCGCUGCCGGGCCCGGCCCGGCCACCCUCGGCACUGAACCCCCCUCGGGGCCCCCCCGGCUGCCCCCCCACCCGCCCUGGGGAGGGGCAGAGGCAGCCCUGGGGUCCCCCCCCCCCAUCCUCACCCCCAGAUCCCCCGCCCUGGUGGGGUGGGGGGGCUCCCUGUGCCCCCUCCCCACCCCAGCAGCUCUCACUGCGCACACUGGGAGCCCCCCCCGGGCUCCCCCACUGCUGGGCUGGGGGUCCUGGGGGGGUGCAGCCCCCCCGAGAGGGGUUCAGUCCAGCCCCGUGUCCGGGCCCCCCGCAGGGACUCGAUACACUCCUCUCCUCCCCGGCCGCGCCCCCGUGUUUGUGUGACCCCCCCUGUCCCCCCCAACCCCCCGGGAGCCAGAGCUGGGACCCCCCCACCCCACCCCAGCCCCCCUUGGAACCCCCCCCGGCUCCUCGCAGCUCUCGGGCACUUCUGUACAAACAACAACAAAAAAAUGCAAAAUAAAUGUUUUUAUUAACAAACCCCCCCAGGCUCCCCCCUCCCUUCCCCUUGGGGGGGGGUCAGGGCAUGGUGCCCCCACCCCACUUGGGGGGGUCGCAGCGUGCAGCCCCCUCCCCAAAACCCCCCCGUGCCGUGGCUGAAUGAGAAGCAGGAGGCUGCUGACCCUUGGAAAAUUCUCUUUAUUGGCCUGGCACUGCCCUUCCUCCCUGGGGCAGGGGGGGCUCGGGGGGCUCGGGGAGGACCCGAGGCCUUCCCAUCCCCCCCCAAGGUGAGGAACCGCGGCCUGGGGGGGGGUCGGGGCCUGCGGAGGGUGCUGGGGGUGGGGGGCGGCGGGGGGGGGGCAGCGGGAGCCGCCCCCUCCCCACCCUGUGCGUGUGGCUUGUGCAAAGUGUGCGGCGGCUCGGGGGGCUCCUCCCUGCGCCGGCUCCUUCCCUUUUGUUCCUGGAAGAGCUGGGGAGGAAAAGGUGGGGGGGGGGGGGUCCCAGCAGCUUUUCCCCACCUCCCCCCCCCCCCCCCCAAUAAAGCCCCCUCCCCACCUCCCGGAGCACGGCGGGGCCCAGGCACCGGAGCUGCCCCCACCGGGGCCCUCCAGCCUGGCUGAGGAGUUUAAAAAGAACCAAAAAAAAGGGUUAAAAUAAAAAAAAAAAACAAACAAAACAAGAAAUCCAACCCAAAAAAAAAAACAAAC